AUGACUGAAAUUACAGACCCAAACGUGUUAGAUCAGUUGGAAAACUUUGGAAAAGCAACGUGCUUAAUACGCGUGCCUGGUCAAUUGAAAGGCACGGGUUUUCACUUUGGCAGCGGAUGGGUAAUGUCUGUAGCCCAUAAUUUCCAAAAUGCUACAGAUACUCCACAGUUGCACAGUCUGUUAUCAAGGGCAACAUUCACCUUUACUGUCAAUGGAGAGCAUUAUAAUUUUGGCGCUCAAGAAAAUCGUAUGGCUUUUAUACACCACUUGCAACUAGGUCCAGGUAACCAAGUCGAUCCAAUCAACAUGGACAUCGCGAUGGUGAAACUGGGCAUUCAGUACCAACAAGGCCGUACAAAGGAAAGUGACUAUGAAGCUUGGGAAACAGGCGAACAACGUAAAUUAAAUAGCAUGAAUUUGAUUUGUUUUGCUGACAUAGAAGAGCGACAAGUCAUUGCUGGAAACCAAGUGUAUGCUAUCCACUAUGGUGGCGAUGAUGACAACAUGAAGAAAGAACAGCACACUAUCGUAGCCGUGACAAACACUUGGGCUGGCGAUACCAUAUCAGUCAUUCCAGUUAUCAAACUGCAGCGCCCAAUUCAAGCUGGAGCAUCGGGUUGUCCAAUAUUAAGUAAUGAUUUCAAGUUGGUGGGUCUUGGUUUCUGUGCUAAUAAUGCUAACGGUUUUGCCUUGCCGUGGAACGAUGGUAAUCAUAGUAUAAAACAAUAUAUCAGUGAUGGUGUUGAAAUUAUUGCACAAUUUGAAAGAUACCUGGCAUUGAAAGACAUACAGGCUCAAGUACAAGCCGGAGAAUUAAGGCAGACACUGCUGCAAAAGGCGGAACAGUUAGACCUAACAAUCUAUCUGAUGAAUGGUGUGAUUUUGAAUGGACCAAAUUAA